CGUUCGUUGCGCUCGGCGCGUCGGAGCACUGAGAGAAUGAAGAAAAAAUGUUCCUGCGACGACUACGAAAAACCUCAAAAUCUUGAAGCGAAUUUAUCAUCAGAAAACGAGGCUAAAGUAACGAGUGAGGAUAAAACGAACGAAGAAAUCCGUAAAAUCGUGGAGGGUCUUCGAGGCGUACAGAUAGGCGAUACGAAGCUGGUUAAACCGGUGAAACGAGUGCCCAGUCUUGAGAGGCAAAUUAAGAGAGCGGUCGUCGAGAUGCAGAACGUGACGCGACAAACGACGGAACCGAAUGUGGUCGCGCAGGGCGACAGCAGCGACACGCGGAGCCUCUGCGAAACCAUCGUCAACUCUGCGAUCGAGGCGAUACCCGAACGGGAUCAACUUCUCGGAGCGAAUACAGCAAAGCUCGACGCUUGCUGGGACAAGCGGAGGAGCGAGAUCCGUUUGUUCCGUCAGGCGGUGAACCAGCGAGUCGAGCCGGAAAUGUCGAAGCUCCGCUCGACGUGUUUCCUGCAUCGAAUGAUCAAAGAGCUCGAAGAUGCAGAAGCUAAUCGAGUGAACGUUCUGGCUGGCCCGGCAGUCAUCGAUGCGGCGACAGCUCUUAACGCUGCUCCGAUAAGCGCUAUGAGCCAGGAGCGAAUAGCGGCGUGGGAGGAGAGCGAAGAAAGAUUCAUUCGUACGAUCGAAGGCUCCAGGGAGGAGGACGACGAAACUAGCAUCGAUACGGAGCUCCCAUCGACGAUCGGGACUCCGUUCGAGAUUUACCCGAUCGAGGUCGCACCCAUGAAACCAGGUGUCGUCGUCGACGUUCAAAUCGAGGAAUUGGAAUCGGAAACGACCUCGCGACCAGCGACACCAACGCUGCUCUCAUCGAGCGACCCCCCGGAGGAGCAACUUCUCAAAGCGACCGAAUCCAUGCCACUGGCGGCUCCGACAUUAUCGGGAACCCUGGAAAGAGCCAAGUCGAAAAAUAAAAAAAGUCUCGGUGGCAGAUUACGAAAAUUCUUUUCAUCCGCCUUCAAACGCUCCAAAGAUUGAUCGAGUCUUGUCGGCGGCUUCCUCAAGAAUAAUAUCGUUUCUACUCAUUGGCUACGCGCGAUCCGUUGUGCCUCAAUUUUAUACAUAAAUUUUGUAUUGACGAUCGCUAUUAUACGAGCCCAUGCUUUCAAUUCGAUUUCAUGAAUUUUUCAUUCAAUAGGCGAGAAGCAGUCGAGACGAAUCUUUACAAUCAACAAUUCUCGAAGGCGGUCGUUGAAACGUUGGGCGCUGACUUUCGUCGUUUCGGGUGUUCUCUCUCAUAUUUUUUUAUCUUGCACUCUCACACUCUUCCUUCGCGUCGAAGAGAGGAAUAAUUGUAUCGCUUAAUAUUAUCCGGCGGGAAUUCAACUGCGCGAUUAUUCGAAGUGAGUUGCCAAUUUUUUCGUCGUUAUCGAGCCUGCAGAAACGGUGCCAAAGGAUGAAUCACGAAUUCCGAUUGUUAUUUACUCGUGCGCCAGUUCCGAGACGCGGAGGCAUUUGAAAAUGGAAUUCCAUGCGAUUACGUAUGGAAUCUCAUAGCGAGAG